AUGUCCAUGUUAGAGCGCCUCACCUCGGCGGAUCGCGUCAGCGACGGUCAAGCCGCCGCGGGGUUCUUUCGGCUGCCUUCGGAAGUGCGAACAUGCAUCUACAACUACGUCUUCGAAGAAAACGUUCUCCACCUGUGGAGGAAUUGGGUCGCCGGCCAAGUUUAUUGCCAGGCGAAUUGCGUACAAGCUGAUCUCAUGCUGAAGUGGGCGGCUCGGACCCCGGCCGUGCACAUCGAUGUUAUGACAUCACUGAGGACAACAUUGACGCGGCCUGAUGAGGGUGAUGCCGAAUACAGCAAUGUCUGGGAACUCGUCUCCAAGCUGCCAAACUUGAGAAAGCUCAUGGUCAAAAUCAUCGGUUGCGAGACAUAUGACGGCUGGACGUCUCAAAUCCAGGAACAGGUCGCUGGGCCCAUCAAAGCCGUCCAGCAGCCUGGCUUGGAGAGCUUUGACUUGGUGUUCCUCGUUGAAGGCACCUGGUUCCCAGAUGACUGCUACCUGAGACUUCAGUACAACGGUCUCCAGUGGGACACUUUUCUGAUGGACCAGAGCCGCUGCCCUGCAUUUCAAGGCAUCCACCCUCGGUGUAGGAUGGUGGGAAUGAAAAGCUUCCUGCACAAUCAUCCUAUUGCCGACGACAUGCCUACGGAGAAGGAGCUGGUUCGGUGGAUAUGCUACUUCUCCUGCAGUCGCGCAUACGGGUUCCCUGACCCGGAUGAUUAUGACUGGGAUGAAGUGGGAGAAAGUGCGCAGCAUGGCUUUCCGGAUUGGGAGAGUCGGGUCCAGGAAGGUCGACGGCAGAUGUCUGCACUCGUGAAAGAUUACGACGAAGGGAAAGGCCGUGAGAAAUGGGACAGAACGUCUAUCAACCGUGUUGCGGAUCUCAUAGACGACAACAUACAGCGACCCAACCGCUACAAAUGGAAGUAUCCUGAGCGGCCCAGUUGGAUUAAGCAGGCAACAGAUGAAGUUCGCUGA